AUGCUCGCGUACAACGACAAAUGGUGGAGAUACAAGUAUGACGACACAAAUCUGAGAAGAUUUGGUGACAAAAAGCGCGAGGAGAUGAGCUGCAUACCAGUUGACCUCCGCGGUAAAUGCCUUUAUUGCAAUGGGCAGUACGACAACAAGAUUGAAACCGAGUUGGGUCGCCGAACGAGCGGAGCAAUGACUGGACACGGGCCUUGGAUAGAAUAG